AUGCAGUUUCCUCGCAUUCCUAUUUUCAACCACAUUAUACUUUAUACUCCUUCACGCACACUGUUUCCAUUUCAUCUUUCAAACCUGCUUAACCAAAUCCCAUCUGAUUAUGUCUCUUUCCAUCUUACUUUGCUAGACAAGUCCUUAGAUUUGACCCAGCCUGAGCCAGAUGUUCCGAGCUCUGGCUCCAGAAUCCUUACCCACUUAGCUUCUUCCUUCCUUUCACGUCUAUUCACCGUCAAGUCACGCCUUGAACUUCCUGGUCCAAUAGCGCUGACAAACUUCUUGCGAGUGUCCCGUAUAUUUGUGGCUGGCUUCGAUACUAUACAUUUUUCCUGCCCACUUCAACUAACCACGUCCCCUCGGACGCCGCUAAGUGUGAAAAAAAAAUCUGCUACGGUCUUAGACAAAACCCCGAAAGUAAAACAUGCUUAUAGCCACAGCAAUGGCGAAGCUGGAAUAUUUGCUGAUACCAAACUGGAGAAAAAGGGCACCGGUGGGUUCAUGCAGUGGUUAACUGGUCGGGCGACCUCUAAAGUGAAUAAGGAUCCGACCGAAGAUCUGAGGCUUAUAGCUUCAGGGCAGAAGAAAGCGAAGGAAGGAGAGGAAGAUGAGGAUAUACAUCUUUCAUCAUGCAUCAGCAUUAAAUGGAUGCGGGUAAACUUGACCCUCGAGUCUUGGAUUCCAUUCCAUAUUAUCGGCAACUUUACCGUUGUUAUGAACCCAAUGACCAUCAAAUUCGACUUAAACCUAUUGCCCACUCCAUCUGCUCAUUCUUGGAGGUCUGGUUCCCUGACUCCAUUUGUGGGCCUCAAACAAUUGCACAUUACCAAGUGGUCCGGUAUCACUGUCGAAACGGCACCCGAGGGCUCGAACUCUGUGUGGGUACGCCGCUUGACAACUCGAGUAGCUAGAUUCAUUUCCUUUAUUACGAGAUACGGCAUUGUGAAGCAACUGGAAGGCAAACUGGCUAGCCUGAUCUCUGAGUGGCUGGCUGGACUUUUCACAGCGCCGGUGUUCAUGCAGUCAUCUUCUUCACCUUCAAACUAA